GUGUGCACGGCUUCGGUUCAACAGCUGAUUCAACCUCACGUCAAGUAACCUAUCUAACCCCCCCAAAGAUACUGCGAUGGGUUAUGUUUGCGUGGGCGUGUUUUCUCUCGUUCUUCGUUCUUGUCAAGUAGUAAACUAUCAGUUUAUCGAACGCUCAACUAAAUAAGGGACUUGUAAGAAUUUAAAGAAGCUGCUAUGAACAUAAUUCGUACGUGACAUGGAAUCCAGGAAGGAUAUUUAUCACUUGUGGGUGCAGUACACGACGAAAAAUGAGGAAGAAUAUUUUCGAAAAUUUAUUAAAGGCUUUGUUGGAAUUUGGGAGUCACAGUUAGCACUUCAAUGGACAAACAUGCCAGAAUGGUCCUCUGUGAGACCGGAUGCUGGUCCACAUUUGACAAGACUUCCAGAAGAACUUCUGCCUGCAAUAGGGAAAUUUAUGUACAUUGCAAAAGACCAGACUGAAAAGAAAGCAUUUGAUCUGGAAGCUUUAAAGAAUGUUGAUUUCUUAAUACGAUGCAUGAUAGUAAUUUGUCGUAAUUUUGACAACAUUCCUUUUAUUGCUUCAUGUGAAUAUGUAAGUCAGACUGUGGGUAUUGCAGCAGCUGUGAUUCAAGAGAUGCUAGAAGGUGAACACAGAUAUGAUGACGAGGGAUCGUCUUUCAUUAUCAAUUUUUGCCAUUUGCUGGAAUGUUUAUACGAUCCCUAUUUGACUUGGAGAAGUUUCCUGAAAGGCAGUGUUGUUAAUUUUGAAAAGCUUGCCAUGCAACCAGCUCUACUUCAUGUUGAAGUAGUACCUUUUAUUUAUGAUUGUUCUCAGACAAAAUUGGUAGAGUCAAGUCCUCAACUAUCAGCUGAGCUUUUGAAUGUUUUAGGAGCAGUAAUUUCAGGAGCUAGGAGUAUGAUUCUAAAGUCCAUGCGCCUUCCUUCUGUAGAAAGAAAGGAAACUUUAGAUAACUCAGCACACCCUCUGUACCAGGGGCAUAAUGCUCUUAGAGCCAUUUGUCCUGCAACUGUUAAUGUUGUGAUGAGUGUGAUCGCUUGCAUUGAUGCAGCUGUGGAAGUACGAAGGACAGCCAUUCAGUGUUUUGUCAUGAUGGUAAAAGUAUUGGAUCAGUGUUCUCCUGAUCAGCGCCAAAUUGAAAUUGGUACCAUUCUACUGCAAUACAAAGAACCGUUAUUAGAAUUAGCUUCUCAAGCAUCAUCAAAUGCUGAAUUGAAAGAAGAAAAGGUCUCUCGAGGGGAGAUGCUGGGGGACAUGGUGGCAGCUCUGCGGCGAUUGCUGCAGCCUUCUAGCAGUUCCAAAGGAUCUGGAGAACAUCUUCGACGAGUGAUGGUUGACAAUCAGAUGCUGGAAGUUGUGCUUUCUGUAUUGGACGAAUGUGUAAAAUAUCCAGAGAAGCAGAAAAUUGCAACAAUUUGUGUUAGUACUGUGUCUUCCAUGCUACAUGGUUCUCUUCAUGGGAAAGAGAGAAUGCUGAAGAUUUUUGGCUAUGAUCGUUUGUUGGUGGGUCUAGCUGCACUCGAUGAACCGUCACGUGAACCUCUAGAAGCUACAUUGGCCAUGGCCAGUGGGAGUGGCUCUUCUCAUGAAAGCAAACUGAAGGUGUCUAAAUUUGAUGCAGAUGCCUUAUUGCUACUAGUAAGCUGUUUAGGAUAUAUUGGUCGUGAGGAUCAGCUUUGGUUGACUGGACAAAUUGCUCAGUUAUGUUCAGCUGACUUGCAGAGCAAACACUUAGCAUGUCGGAAAGGAGUGAUCUUAGAAGUUUGUCAUUCUCUGUCGUUAUCUCAUACCAUGUUGAACCCAAAGGCUGUCAAUGAAAUGAUAAAGCUACUGGAAGUUUUAGCAUCACAUUCUAUAACCUCUUAUGAGCUCAAAGAAUUAUUUCUAUUACUUCGAGAAGAUGGAACUAUCAAGUUCCCCUAUAGGCUGCAGUUGUUACAUACAAUAUCUUCUGUUGCUCGGAAAGAUGAUUUUAUGUACUCACAUAGUUAUUUUGAUAUUCAGAAAGAUACAGAUGGAAUAACUGUCCCUGGAAUUCGUAAGUGGGCAGGAGGUGGCGCAGGAUUUAGUUUCCAUUGUUGGCUUCGUUUGGAUGAAGUCCAUGAUACUGGCAGCCAUGCACCAAUACGUCGACAACUCUUCAGUCUUUUGACGGGGUCUGGUGUAGGAUUAGAAGCAUUCUUCCACAAUGAUGGUUGUUUAGUAGUCAGUGUAAACAGCAAAAAAGAAUGCUACACAGCUUGUGUAGCAGAUUUUCCUCUUGUGAAUGGAUUAUGGCAUAGUAUAGGCAUCUGCCAUGCAGCAGCAAGACGCCCAUUUGGACAGAACCAGCUAUCUAUGUAUAUUGAUGGAGUGCAAAGAAUGGCUGUUACAGUGAAAUCUCCAUCAAUGACUGAUGCAUUUUUACAUUGUGUGAUUGGUACUGCUAAUCAACGGGUUGGCAAUCUUGUAGCAUCUGGUGGUGGAAAGUCUAGCGAUUCAUCUUCUGAACGUGGUUUGUUGCCUACUCUCAUCAAUCAGGUGCCAUCCUACUUGACAUUGCCAUUGCGCUCGUCUGCUCCUCUAGACCCCAAUGUUCGCAGCUUUCCAGCUGGAGCUCAGGACUCUGUGUGGGGUACACCAGGUUGUUUGAAGGGCCAGCUAGGUACAAUGUGUCUCUUUCAGGAAGCUUUAACAUCUGGUCACAUUCGUACCUUACAUGAUGGUGGUCCUAAUUGCAAAGCACUGUUUUGGCAAGAUGAAAUGCCUGAAUUUACUGAAAUAUGUUCCAAAUUGGUAUUCUGUUACUCUCCAUCAGCUUGUUGGGACAAUGUGUGUCUUGAUCUUUCACCAGCAUGCAAAUUCAGUGGUCAUGCUGGCUCUUCUCCAUGUCAUACCACAAGUAUUAAGAAUGUGGUUAAUGGUAUCGGUGGAGUUCAGGUAUUACUUCCUAUUUUGGAGGCUGCAUCUUCUAACUCAGAUGAAGGGCCUGAUUUAAGUUUUCUUUCACCAUCUGUGGAAAAAGAGCUUAAACUCAUUGAGAAUCGACAGAAUUCAGGGGAUUCGGAAGAUGACUGGGAGAUACUUCCAUCCAGUUCUUACUCAGAUUGGAAACUGGAACAGAAUCCUAUAUCUGGAUUUCUCAGUUUGUUGAAAAAUAUGGUGGCUGGAUCCGCUUUCAAUCAAGAACAGCUGUUGUCCAGUAAAGGCCUGGCUCUUGUUGGAUCCCUCAUGGCAAAGGCUCGCCCAGAGUUGAUUGAUGUCAAUGUUCUCAUGGCUGUGCAAUUACUGGUGGAAAUGGCAAGAGAAAGAGAUGCAUCAAACUUGACCCUCUUACGUUCCAUCCAUCAAUAUAUUUUGUUCAACUUUGCAAUUUGGUCUCGGGCCCAGUUUCAUAUUAUGAUUGGCCAUGUGCAAUAUCUCUCAACAAUUAUAAAGGAAGAUCGUAAAUACUUCCGUAAAAAGUUUGGGAUACCAUUUGUACUCAGUGUGGUUCAUCGUUAUCAUGCCCCUUGUACCCAUCUGACUGAAGAAGAGGGCCAAACUGUGCGACAGGCCUUAUUUGGGCUGAUUCGUUAUUAUUUGUCUCGAGAAGCUUCUAUUCGUGAAAUAACUGCCAUUAUUGGCUUUCUGUGUGCUGUUACUGAUGAGAAUGUGUUGACUGAAUUGGUAGAAAUGCUAUCUUCUCACUUGGAGAGCAAGAACUGUCGAGACCAAACCAUUUUCUUACUGUAUGAACAACAUCAUGCUGAACUGCUUCAUUGCCUUGUUGUUGAAUGUAAUUACGGCCUAAAACUCAAAUACAGUGUUCUGAAGCUCAUUGGCAUCUUGCUUAAGUCAGAUUUAGUGUUUGAACGCAAUAAGGCUCGUUUGAGGUUGCAAGAUUCUUCAUUGCUAGGUUCCUCUUCAAUGGGUUUAUAUGCAGGCAUGGUAGCCUGCUUACGUGAUCAACCUCUAUCAAAGGAAAUAGUGGGACUUCUCCUAGACCAUAUGUUGCAAACUGAUAGCAGUGCUGGUUUUGCUGGAGCACUUGCUCUUCUCCAUAAUCUCUCUGGAGCUACGUUGGAUUUGAAGUUAGAGGCUGCGAGGAAAGUCCUCACUAACAUCUUUAUGAAGGUUUAUGCUCCAAGGCAAUUUGCCAAGCAAGUUGGAUGGCAGGAGUGUGUAACUAGGUUGCUGGUAAAGCAACCGAUAGUAACUGGAGCUUUGAGUGAUCGCCAUUUUGGUGAAGAACCUGAGGUUCCUCCUGAACCACUAGAUCUUAUGACCUUUGAUGAAGAACGUUUGGAGUUGGAACCUGUAUCAGUCUCUAGCACUACAUGUGGUAAUCAUUCACCAAAUCCUGCAGCAAGACUGACCUCACAUGUUUCUGAUGCUGCAAUGUUUGUUGAACACGAAAUAAAAGAAGUAGCAGAAACAGUUACAAAUGCUGUGGCUGGGAAUAUUAAUUAUGCUGCGGAUAACAUCUCUUCAGUAGUGGCUUCUGCAUAUUCUGUAUUCCGGCAGAAGACUGUAGAGAUGCAGGAGAGCUUAGAAGAACUCGGUGAAUCUGUUUCUCGACUGAAGCAGCGGCGAAGUCUUGCAUCAUUGAGCGAAGAACCCUCUGAAGCAGCUCAGGCAUCACCAAGACUUUCUAGAAUGCAACUACCUGUACCAGGACUGGAUUUGGAUUCUAUUUCAUUGGGAAACAGGUCACAGUCAAGUAGUAGCACAGAGGACUUGUCCUCCCCACAUCAGGGUGCUCCUGAUAAUGUGAGUAGAGAUUCAGCAAGUUUGGCAUCUGUACCUGGCGUCACUGGAGGAGACGAAGAUGAGGACGAUUCAACAGUGGAAAGAGAAGAUAGUCGGAGAGCUAGUGGUGAAAGUGUUGGCCGCAGUAGUCAUACCGAAGGUGGUGUGGCUUCUGAGCUUCCUAGCUGGCGUCGCGAAAGCAUUGAAUCUCCGGGCUCCCCAGAACGCAUGGUUGAUGAAGCUGAAGAGCUGAGCUAUCUUGUGGCUAAUAUUCUCUUUACUGUGAUGUGGCGUGGUGUGGAGGGUUCAAGCAAAGAUGCAUGGAAAGAACGAGGUCAGGUGAUGGCAUGUAUCAACCUGUUGGGACUCAAUAAUGAGUUACAUUGCUCACACCUUCAGCUGAAGCUGCGUUUGCUUGAGCUAGCUACAGCAGCAGCUCUAGGUGAUCUGCGAGGGGAAGGGGAGUUGUUAUUAAGCACAGGCACUGCAGCAGCCACUGAAAAUGCUGCUCAACUGAUCCGCUGGGCCUAUGACCUCAUGGUGCUUGAUCCUCAUGAUGAUAUGUCUAAAAAAUCUUCUGUAAAGCUUUUGGAUGGUGUUCUUGGAUUGCUUGAUGCCAUGCUAGUUUUCCAAGAGGCCCCAGGAGAAGAAUGGGGAGAAAUGGCCAAAUUGGCUUUUGGAAUUCUUCUGUCAUGUGCAGCAUGUGAUAACUUAGAGCUCUGUGCAAUUGCAACUGCAAAACUUCAUGCAUUGGUGCAGACUCGAAAUGUCAAAGAUUUAGAUGAAGCAGGUUAUUUAUUAUACUCUCUUAAUAAGAGUGUGGAGAAAGCAUUAGAUGCAGGUAACCAGGAACACUACUCCUUUUUGAUCCCUGUGGUGAAGGCAUUGCUUGAAAAAUUAUCACUGCCUCUCAAUCUGGUGUCACACUUACCUGAUCUGCCACAAACACAAGCAGGCCCUGCUUUCUUUGAUGACUUUCAACAGUUUUGUAAAGGUGCCCAGUGGAAAACAUUUGUGGAGCGUAAGGGGUUUAUUACUGAAAAAAAAAAAACAGAGGAGAAAGUUGAUCUCUACCCAGCCUAUUUAAAUGUGUAUCUCUCAACCUCUGAUGCUGCUGCUGCUGCCUCGAAUUCAUUGUAUGAUGCCUUUGACUUCUUGCAUUUACUUCAGUAGUCCACACACUUUAUAAUAUUAACUCAUUUAGUCCCUAAAACGUGCAUGGUGAAGAUAGUGUGUCUUUAAAUUUCAAAGAACAACUUGAAUAAAUUGAUGAAUAACAUAAUUAUUGCAUCUAGGUUCUCAGCAAACAAUAGUGGAGUAAUUAUUGGAGAAGAUAUUCACUCAGAUAUUAUGGGCUGCUUUUAUAUAACACAAUUUUGGAUAAGAUAAUUGAAUUUUG